GUCUGGAAGAAGACCUGACAUGGUGGAGGACGUGGAAGAGUAAGUUCACAUAGUCUCGUCUUUUCACUCUGAAUUAUUUCCCUCAGUUGUUGAUUAAAUGAAAUAACUAUUUUGUUUAAAAAAUACAGGAAUUGAAAUUGGGCCAAUUUAAAUGUUUGUUUGUGCCCGAUGCUCUGAUUUGGAAAUUGCUGUACUUGGUUGCAACUAAUCCUCGCCUUCCAAGAACAAUCACUUGACAUGAUUAAAAGCCAGUGUGACUGAGUUGUCAUCACUUUUAUUGUUGUUGGGAGCCAAGUUAGCCUGUUAUUUUAGUUCUUCCAUGUUGCCAACUUUCAUAUUAUUUAUUGAAUAGACAGUAGUGAGAUGGAAGGAGACUAGAGGACAUGGUGUGUUUUACUCAUCACAGCUGGAGCCCCAUGCUUAAAUAGCAGUGUUCAAAUCAAAUCAAAUCAAAUUUUAUUGGUCACAUGCGCCGAAUACAACAGGUGCAGACAUUACAGUGAAAUGCUUACUUACAGCCCUUAACCAACAGUGCAUUUAUUUUAAAACAAAAAAGUAAGAAUAAACACAACAACAAAAAAGUGUUGAGAAAAAAAAGAGCAGAAGUAAAUAAAGUGACAGUAGGGAGGCUAUAUAUACAGUAAAAUAAGUGACAGUAGGGAGGCUAUAUAUACAGGGGGGUACCGUUGCAUAGUCAAUGUGCGGGGGCACCGCUAGUUGAGGUGUUGAGGUAAUUUGUACAUGUGGGUAGAGUUAAAGUGACUAUGCAUAAAUACUUAACAGAGUAGCAGCAGCGUAAAAGGAUGGGGUGGGGGGGCAGUGCAAUAGUCCGGGUAGCCAUUGAUUAGCUGUUCAGGAGUCUUAUGGCUUGGGGUUAGAAGCUGUUGAGAAGUCUUUUGGACUAGACUUGGCACUCCGGUACCGCUUGCCGUGCGGUAGCAGAGAGAACAGUCUAUGACUAGGGUGGCUGGAGUCUUUGACAAUUUUGAGGGCCUUCCUCUGACACCGCCUGGUAUAGAGGUCCUGGAUGGCAGGGAGCUUUGCCCCAGUGAUGUACUGGGCCGUACGCACUACCCUCUGUAGUGCCUUGCGGUCAGAGGCCAAGCAGUUGCCAUACCAGGCGGUGAUGCAACCAGUCAGGAUGCUCUCGAUGGUGCAGCUGUAGAAUUUUUUGAGGAUCUGAGGACCCAUGCCAAAUCUUUUUAGUCUCCUGAAACACAGGCAGCGCUACAAAAUAGUCCCUUGAUCUAUGCUCUUUUCACCAACAGCCCAUCUCAGUUCCAUUUAAAUGUAUUUACUGCCUCCGUUGUGUUUUUGAUUCAUUCUUAGAGGGAUACUGUUGAGUUCACUGAAGCCCUGGGCUGCUCACAGAGACAGUCAGGCAGGCAGUCCCACUGAUGCUGCUGUGUCUGUGGAGCCUUUCGGCAGUGUAUUGAUGCUGCUGUAUUGUAGAAACAGUCCCAGUCAGCCUGUAGCAGACAGACAGAGGCAGAGCAAGCCUCCUAUCAGGCUGAUCUAGAACCUCACUCAGCCCACAGAAACAGGCCCAUCAUCAAAGCACAACAGCACAGUCUAAGUCUGGCUCCCUGUGAUGACCUCACUGCUGAAAGCCUUUCAAUAAUUCAUACUCUUCCACUUCCUGUUUCUGCAGCCGACGCCUUCGACCACAAACCCCCCAGGGCUCGGAUGAUGAAGGAGGUGAGAGCACCCUUGUAUCCCAGUCCCACGUCUCCUCUGGCGGGCAGAGCCAAGUCCUCCAGUCCCUCCACAGCACAUUCAUCCAAAAUAGAGCAGAUAAGCAGCCUUUCGGCUCAUCCCUUUCUCUGACACUCCCAACAUAUUUAUUCUCAGUGCUAGUGAGGAGUCAUCUGUAGCAACUCUGCUUCUGACCACCUACUGUGAGACACCCAUAACUAACCAGAGCACACAAUUGUUUAUAGAUGAAAGUGAAAGGUGAAAAUGUUCAUUUGGUAAGUUUAGAGAACUGUAGCUGAUCACUGGUUAUCCCCUCAUUCAAUCACAUCACAUCACACACCGUUCAUAACCGACCUCAAAUACAGUAUUCACUAAAUUAAUUAUCCUAUUCAUUGGCUGAAGUGUGGCAGGAUUUAAGUGGCUCUUCCCUUUGAGCGUUUCACACACACACACACACACACACACAUCUACAUGCCGGGGCAGGUGCUGCAGAGCGUUGAGCCAGCAGGAACACUCAACGCUAGCCUCUUUGACUCGGUCACCUCAGGGCCUGGCACGCCGCAUCACAAACAAUGUCAGAGUAGAGGGAGGACAUUUCAACAAAGCACAGCCUGGGAUAAUUGUUCCAUUUUUCUGAGCAAAGCACCAGGGGAAAUAAGGAUGAAAUUGCCUUAGCAAAGAUAGGAGUGGUGAGCCCCUGAUUAUUUAAGGAGUUAUAUUAUAUACAUGCCAAUGACAAUGGCUGGGCUGGCUGGCGUUGUAUAAGGACAUAUUCUUUGAGGUAUUAAGCUGACAUAUUGAUGAGGACCAGAAGCACUGUGUCUGCAGCUGUAGUUACUACUGCCAUACUUGAUGAAACACCUACCCACCAUUGUAGCCCUCUUCUGUGGAUUUAUAUGCUUAGAAUCCUAAUCAAAGUCUAUUUAUACGUUUCAUCUUCUAGAUGUUGUACGUUUAGAUGUUAUGAACUUCAUUACUGGAAUUAGAUUUACAAAAUAAUGUAAACAUUGUACAUCUUCUUUUAGUUUUAUAGCCACUUUGUUUUUACAAAGUCUUUUUAAUUUUUCAUUGUUCUUCUGUUUUGUUUUUACGAUUAUAACAAAUGGUAAUAAACGUACAUCCUGUUUUUGACAAUGCUUUUAAGUUGCUCACAAUAUAACACACACACAGUCAUAAUCACAUUCUUACACACACACUAGCUGAAAGGGUCAGUUGUGUGGAGACCCCAGUGGUACAGUUCUUACCCAGCAAAUGCAGCUGGAAAGAUUAUUCCUCAGUGGAGGGAGACCUCUUAAUACAGUGCCGGCGGCUGAGGCAGUGGAAAUUGCAGUGCUGAGGGUUAGUGAGAUAGCCCCUCCGAUCUUGAUUGUGUCCCCUACCCUAUCCCUUAUGUCCAAUGGCUAGAAGCAGAGAGAGAGAGAGAGGGCUAGCCCUUUCCCCCCUCUCCCCCUUGGCUGGCCUUCAGUCCCCUGCCAGUCACAUUACAAAGAACUCCCAUUACAAACACACUAAUCUGUUCUCAAUCUGUUUCUUCUCUCUCUCUCUCUCUCUCUCUCUCUCUCUCUCUCUCUCUCUCUCUCUCUCUCUCUCUCUCUCUCUCUCUCUCUCUCUCUCUCUCUCUCUCUCUCUUUCUCUUUCUCUUUCUCUUUCUCUCUCUCUUUUUCUCUCUCUGUCAGUGAUCUGCUGAAUAUUGUCCCAUAAGCUUUUCAAAUGUAGUCUGUGCCUAGGUAAUCAUCCCAUAGCCUCCCUGCUUAGAUUAUAGCAGCCGUGCCUGGUGAUGUGUGGAGGUGUCCCCAAAGUCGCUGACUGCGGCAUGCCUGCUGGGAGUAUGUCUACAUUCACAGCAAAUUAUCCCCUUUUGAUAUUUACAUGCUUCAGUGAGGAAACUCGCCAUGACCGUGUAAUAAGGAUACGCUUUGCCCAGUCGCCGCUAGACAAAGCAACCUUGAUAGAUGUCCAGGCUGGUAUGGGGAAGGGAGGAAAUGUAUCAGGUAAUGUGUGCCAGCAGUGCUGGGAACAGACAGCUCCUUCUGAUGGAGUUGUCCUUUCCUUCAGAAAAACACCAGCUUGUUUACAGCUCCUAUUAAUACCCUCUUGACCUCCAGUAAUAGGUUGAAUUAGAAGCUCAUUUUAAAAUGUUGUAAACUUUUUCAGUUAAUAAUGGAGUUUGGGUAACAGCCAGCGUCAUAACACGUUAUGACACGACCAUAAACAUGUCAUAAUAUGUCAUAACAGCUGACAUAAUUUGUCAUAACCUAUUAUAAUAUAGUCAUAACACUGUCAUGACACAUAUAUUUAGACCUGUUUUGACAUAUAUUGCUUUAUUUUAUGGUUGGUUUUCUGACACUUAUGUAAGAGUGUAAAAGCCCACAAAAGUUACAACGGUAGUUAUUUUAUGGCUGGUUAUGACACCUACAUAAGAGUGUCAAAACCUAUCACACAAGGCAAAACAUUCCAUUACACCAUAGCCUUUGUGUCAACAAUAUGUUUAUGUUAUAAGUCGCUCUGGAUAAGAGCGUCUGCUAAAUGACGUAAAUGUAAAUGUAAAAAAAAAUUUAUUGACCAUAUUCAAUUAUCAUUGUAAUUGUGCACAUAUUGAUGUCAAACAUGCACCUGCCCCAAUGCUCUGUUACUGAUGACUGGGAUGAAUGCAGGAGCAGAUUUCAGGAGCAGGACAAGACACCCUCUUUUUGACUGAUGACUGAUAUAAGAGCAUGUACGUGAUGGGCCUAUCUGGCUUAUAUGAUUAUGAUGGUCAUAAUGCUUCUUGACAGUGUCAUAAAGUGUAUUUUCUUAGUCAAAGUAAAGUGACAAAGGAUGGUCAUAAUGCUUCUUGAUAGUGUCAUAAAACUUAUUUUCUACAAGUCAUUUGAAAUAUGAUGAAAAAAACAUGACUAAAGAAUUAAAUACAACAAUAACAAAGGAUUUAAGAAAUAAACUUUCAAACGAAAGCAAACUUCUUGACAGGGAAAAAACAAAUUUGAAAAUACUCUUAUGUAGGUGUCAUAACCAGCCAUAAAAUAACGCAAUAUAUGUAACAACAGGUGUAGAUAUAUGGGUCAUGACUGUGUUAUGACCGUAUUAUGACAGGUUAUGACAAGUUAGGUCAGCUGUUAUGACAUUCUGACAUGGUUAGGACUGUGUCAUAACGUGUUAUGACACUGGGUGUCAAGUAAAGUGCUACCAGAGUUUGCAUAUAGAGAACCUACCCCUCGCUGGUUCACGUUGAACUCUCGUAGAAUAGUGUUGUUAGUGCAUUAUUGGCCGAGAUGGAGUGGGAAACAACCCAGGAAGCUAUUUGCAAAGAGCUGGACAGCGAGGCUUUUUGAUGUCAUUGCGCUAAGACCAUUAAAUUUGAUUGGGUGUCCGGGGGGGACGGAUUCUGCUGAACGCUGUGCUUUGUAAAUGAGAGGACAAAGUGUCACCGGGGCCUCAUGAAUAUGAAAUACCCGCGCAUGCAUUUAUUUGGAUAUCAGAAACACAGAUGAAUCUUGUCAGCAGCUAAACGAGUGUGGCAUUUUAAAUUUGGUUUAAUUAAAAAAGAGAACGGAAUGAGCUAUCAACUGAUGAUGAUGUUUGUUAUCUGUGCAAAGUUGCUGGGAUUUGACCAGGUUAUUUUCUGUUUCCUUCAACUGAAGAAUCCUUUAAUAACCUUAAUCAUUUAGCUCAUUCUAUGAACAUAAAUAACUUCCUUUUUGAGUAUUUUUAUUUUGUCUUUGCUGAAAUAUUUGCUAUUUGCUUAACCGUAAUGAGAAUAGUAGAGACUAACCCUCUGAGAACAUCUUUAUUUUGCAACCACCAGUGUAUUUUCUGAGAAGUAUUUUGAAGGUAUAGUGACACAGAUCUACAGAUAUGUCCUCCAAUCAGAUCGUGCCUCCCAUCUCCUGGCCUCUAUCUUGCUCCUCUAUUGACUUUCCCCUCAGGGUGCAGCGCUGUGUUCAGAGAUUACUGACAUUCCUGCUCUCGCUCUCCCUCCCACUCCCCUGCUCUCUCCCAGCCUCUCCACUGACACCUAGCACACUGUCUGUCUGGAGGAAGUCAGAAGGAAAUGUAGCUGCACUUUUCAAUUGCCUUCAACCAAAACCAGUAUCGAAAAAAGAAGCAAAACAACAGAAAAUCAGACCUCCUCUGAGUGCACGUGGGUUUUUUGCUCAUUUAGAGUUGUUACAUGGAAACAAGGAUUAGAUAGAUUUCUGUGACUUUGAUGAUGACAGGCAAAGCUCUUAAUUGCAAAGUUUACACAGGUAUGAAUUUAUCGUUUUCAGUUGUGUAAGUAGGGGAGACCUACCUUCCCUCAAAGAUGAUGUAAUAUACUUGUAGUUCAUCUAUUUCAUAUGUUGUCAUGUUUGUUUCUAACAUGGCAUAAUGAAUGUAUUAAUUUCAUAUGAAUUAUACAGGUACAUUUAAGUGUCUUCAACAUUUCCUCACAGUCUGUCUGUCUGACUCCCCCCUCCCUUCUCCCACUCUAACAAAAGUCCAUCUGAAAUGCUGUAAAAGUUCGCACUGUCCUUCUUGGGAGCGGAGCCAUCCUCUGUCCUGUUGCGUUUUGCCAAUUAAAGUGAGUUCCCACUGUUUGAGCAGCGGGCUGGCGGCUCCUGGCACCGCAGCCCCUGCCAGGCCGCACCGUGACUUCCGACCCCACACAGAUGGGCCCGACAGCAAAUACUCUUGCAAAAGGCUGGAUGCCGCCCCGGUCCGAGUGGCAGAGUGGUCACGGAGGUCGGCCUGCCGGCCACCACGGGUCCUGGGGGUGGGCGGCACUGACAGGGCCCAAAUGCUGGGGUAGCGGGGGGUGCUUUCCGGGGAGCCCCUGGCCAGCGCCCCUCUCGCAGCAGGAAGAGCUGCUGCCUGGCCUCCUGAAUAUUCAUGGCCGCCUGGCUAUUGUGACAGGGCAGCUCUACGGAGGAUGUAGGGAGAGAGAGGGAGAGGGAGGGGAUGAAUCAGGUGCCAAUUUACUCUCAGGGACACUCACACAUACACAUACACAUACACACACACAAACACACACAAACUAUCAUACCAAACACAAAGCAGACUGUAUCUUUGAAAUGAGUGUUUCUGUAAUAUAUGUCCAGUUUUUAAUGUGAUUGUCCACUAUUGCAUCUCAGUUAACACUUUAGAUGUAGAGAUUGAGUGACUAAAUAAUGGAGAGGGUGACAUUGAUGAGAUAUUGAUAUGUCCUGGAUGUAUGUUGUGUUUUAGAUAUACCAGUGAUCCCAGACCUUGAGGAAGUACAAGAGGAAGACCUUACCAUGCAAGUUGCUGCUCCUCCAAGGUACUGUAAACAGCAUCACACUCCCCUUUAGUUGACCCCAGUUACUCUAACUGGCAUCCCAUCACUCCAUUUUCAGAGUUGAUGAAGUGUAUCCUUUUGGUCUGUCUUGUGAAUACAGACAUGCCUGCUCACCCUCACACACACUGUCUCUGGCUGCAUAACUGUUCAUGUCUCUGAAGUGACCUAAUAGGACCUGACAGCUGAGUUGAGAUACCUCUGGAGGGUUACAGACACAGCCCAUCCUCAGAGCCAUGUACAUUACCUGGCCUACAUUUUAACAUCAAGGAGAGUUAAAGAUAAUAAUACACCGGUCUUAGAUGGUGACUUGACUGUUACCUUGCCUCCUCUCAUCAUGGUAUUGAAGGUAUCGUCUUGGCAUAUUGGGCCGUUAUGCAAAAUAACAGUUGAGGUGUGAUUUAUGCACGGCUGUUAGCGGGGCCCUUACUAACGGGGCCUUUUGAUUUACAGGGCGGUGAGAGACACGCCGACAUGUAUCCGCUAUGUAGUGCGGCUAUGACAGCGGCGGGGGGUUAUUAGGCUGGGGCCCGCUCUCUGUGUGAGAUAAUAUCCACAUUGAACUUCUUGAGGGGGCAAUGUAGCGUGUAAUGUGCAGUAAGUAGGACUGGCAUGCACUGCUAGGUCCUGGUCACUUUCAGAGCCCUCCUCUUAAUUCCGACUACAGAUAAGCAGCUGGGUUUCAAUUUGAGGCGGUUACCACUUGGAGCCCAUCUCCUGAUCUCUCUGUUCUUUAAUGAACUCUCCGUGCCCUGUGAGCACUACCCUAAACUUCUGAGAAGCUAUCUGUCUCACAGAGUGAUACUUGCAAGUUGUACUGUACUAUUAUACAGUUUGUCGAUUGGUCUGGUGAUAUCUAACUGAUGCAGGUAUUGACUACUGUAUUUGAAUAGACAGCCUCUAAUCAGGCUAAUGAGGAAAAGCAUGUCAACAUUUAGUAUAGCAAAUCUACUAUGGGAUUUUUGUUUACUUAGUGUUUGUCCUUCUCCCCAGCAUCCAGGUGAACCGGGUAAUGACAUACAGAGAUCUGGACAACGACCUCAUGAAGUACUCUGCCUUCCAGACCCUGGUAAGACAACUCAUAUGGGCCCCACACACACAGCCAGGUUUCAACUGCUCUUUUUUUUUUUUUGUAAUAGAUUACCUAGCCUCCCUUUUAAGGAGGUCAUUUUAGGAUACAUCCAAUAUCAAUCCCCUCUGUCUGAGGAGUGUGUUUCUGCAAGCUCAGGGUGUUCUCAUAAGGUAUCUGCCUCUCCCUAGGAUGGGGAGAUUGACUUGAAGAUCCUCACCAAGGUUUUAGCUCCGGAGCAGGAGGUGAGGGAGGUGAGUGAGUUUUUCGUAAAUAUAGCUGCUGUGUUCCCUGUGAGGGGGUGUCCAGCUGUUUCUGAAGCACCAGGGGAGGUCGCCUCCCAGCCUCCCAGCUAAUCAAGAUUUAUGAUGUGUGCAUUAACACGCUGUACUAUCGUUCUCUCACCUUCCCUGGGAUGUUCGCUCUGUGUUGCUCUCCUUCUCCCCCUCAAUUAUUUUCCUCUAUUUCUUCUUUCUCUCUCUUCUUCUACAUCUGCUCUUCCUCCCUCUUUUCCCCUCUUAUCGCUCUCUCUCUCUCUCUCUCUCUCUCUCUCUCAGGAGGACGUGGGUUGGGACUGGGAUCAUCUGUUUACAGAGGUGUCCUCAGAGCUGCUGACGGAAUGGGAUCAAGGAGAGAAGGAGGAGCAGGUUCCGCUGUCUGUGUUA